AUGUCCAACGCCGAGUGGAAGGCAGAUGUGGAGCGCCGUGAGGCCGUCAUCGCCGACAAGCGCAACAGGGCCAAGAAGGCCAGGGAGAAAGCGGCGGCGGCGGAACAAGCGGAGGCGGCGCGCGCGGCGAUGAUGAAUCCACCCGGUGGGCACCCGUACGCGGCCUGGAGCCAGCAAAGCGUCGGCUCUCCGGCCGGAUUCUCAUCGUCGCCGCACCCAUGGAGCACGUCGUCGCCGGACUAUGCCGAUGGGGACGCCCAUGGUGGCUUCAACCCCAACAUCACCUUCCCCCAUGGGCGCCGCACGCCCUCGCCCGCGUUCGCCGGCGUGCAGUACCCACCGUACACAUACUCGCCGUCGGACUACGCAGCCUCACCGACGCCACCUCUCUACCACGUCCUCUACUCGCAAGCCGCAUCCUUGACGCAUCUGGGCGACGCCGACGCGACGGGGGCCGACAUGGAGGACAUCAUCGCAGCCUGCUCGGCUGCCGCCACCGCUUCCCCCGGGUUCACUACCCAGGACGACUCGAUUGACCUCGGCGACAUGGACGACGAGCUCGACUACGGCGAGGAAGAGCCGGAGGAGGGGGAAGAGGGGGAGGAGGAACCGGCGCCGACGAGGAAAGGCAAGAAGAAGAAGAAGAAGAAGGCGACCAAGCCUGGCAAGCCACGCAUCAAGUGGGCGUCCAAGGAAGAGGAGUGUCUCGCCGAAGCGUGGAAGGUCGUCUGCCUCGACCCGGUCACCGGCACGAACCAGAGCAUCGAGACGUAUUGGGACCGCAUCAAGGCCGAGUUCGACGAGCGGAAGCUCGUCGACCCCUACUUCAAAAGCGUGCACAUGCAGCGUGGGUCGAAGGCGAUGGCGAACCAUUGGGGGCUCAUCCAAACGGUGUGCAACAAAUGGCAUGGGAUCGUCGAGGAGGUCGCGGCUCGCCCGGAGAGCGGCACCAGCGUCGAGGAUCAGGUAUCGCAUACUGUUGCCUUCCGCCGUGCGCGCCGAGCACGCCGACUGAUGUUCUUUCCUUCGGCGCAGUUGCUUCGCAUAUUCGCCAUGUACCGCGAUGACAACAGCGACGCGGAGUUCAAGUACCUCCACGUCUUCAGGCGGAUCGACAGGUGCGAGAAAUGGACGGCCGUCCAACGCACCCUCGCCAAAGCCAAAGAGACAUACAAGCCGAACGCGCCGGCUACGUGCGCGACCGACGGGCGACCGGACGGCAACAAAGGUGCCAAGAAGGCGAAAUACGCCGAGUCGGCUGCCGCGCGCGUGCAAGACUCCAUCGAACACUGCCUCGCCGACGGCAAGACCAGGGCCGCGCAGCAAGAAGAGAAAACUGAGGCGAGGUGGGCUGUUUUGAUGACGAACAGCGCCGUCAAACUCGACUUGCUCCGGACCAAUGCCGUCGCGAAACUCAAAGCUCAAGACGCGAAGAAGAGGAACAACGACCUCGCCUUCUUGAUGGGCGGCUCUGACAUGCUCCAGAGCGGCGACGAGAAGCUCAAGGCGUGGUUCUUUGCGGAGCGCGGCCUCAUCCUCAAUUAG